CGCAGGGGGGGCACAGCGGCGGCGGGAGGCAGCCGCAUGCGCCCGCAGCCCUCGGUCACACCGCCGCUGCCACGCGCCCAGGUGGAGGAAGGGACACCCAAGCUGCUGCGGGUACAGGAGCCGCCCUCUGGUCACCCAGACCAGGAGCCUCCUCCUUCCUAUACAAAACUGCUAUUUUAAAAAUUUAUUAUAUAUAUAUGUGUGCCUCCGUUUGAAUCCCACCCAAAGAACAUACGGUUUGCUGACACAGCCUCUAGAAGAGAAGGUUGUGAAAAAAGCAUCGUGGGACCCAGGUUCACGAUCGUGGUGUGGAUUCUUAUUUGUAUUGUUUGUUUGAUUUUGUUAGGAAUAUUUUUUUGUAUUGCACCUAAGGAAAUAUGGAUUGGAAAACCUAUUUAUUGUCCAUCACUGUUGGGGUAAUGGGAUCAUGGGGUGAAUCCCCCAAUUUGGCUUGGAAGUUGAUACAAGGCUUUGUGCAUAUCUGGAACCAGACAGACCAGGGAAUAUGUGUUGCCCUCCCCGGUUCAGCAGCAGAGGGAUUCAAAUUUACAAUGAUUAGUUUAAAUCUUACAAAAAUACUGGAAAAUGAAUUAAAAGGUCUUAACCGAACGGGAGAGAACAUCACAUGGGGAAUAAUUGAAUCCCCUUUUCUUGAACAAAAAGAGGGACAACCGUGGACAAAUAAUGGGACGUGGAUCGGCUACUCAAGGGCUUUGUAUCAACUCCCAAACAAUUCUACUUGGGAAAACCUGUGGAAUCAAACUUGUUACCGAUCUCUAAACAAAAAUUCUGAUAUGGAAACAAAUAAUGUCACCUCUGUUUCUGUGCCUUGUACCAUAGUACCAUGGUGGGAUUCCCCCUCUGAAAGUGGUUAUUUUGAACAUGAAUAUAACGUGCAUUGGGACACAGAUUGGUGUAUACAAAUCCCUGAUAAACCAGGGAAAAUUCACCUUGUAAAUCACACCAGAUAUGAAUGGGCCUGGUCUUUGAAACGACUGUUUAACCCCAACCAUCCUUUGUCUUCCACUUCUGACCUCCCUGAUGGGGCCACCAUUCAGUGGGAGGUUGAUGUUGAAACCUGUGUGCACAACCAAGUGAAGCUUCCGAAUGGGGAAACCCUGUGUUGGGGCAGUCGGCCACGUAGGAGUGUCACCCAGGACACGAUUGGGGAACCCCUGUUGAGCUGUUCCCAUGUAUUAAACUGCUCUACAGGAGCUGGUAACCCCCUUGAAACUUGGUAUAUUCCAGAACUGAGAACGUUCAUUCGGGAUAUGUGUACUUGUUGGGGUUAUCCCAAUUAUGGUUAUCGGAAUCAGGAUGAACGAUGUAAUGGCUCCUUUAAAGAUCCCCAGACAGCACUCUCCUGUGGCAUUCCAAUCACGCAUGACCCAGAUCGACAGAAGGUCUGGAGCUCUGAUGGCAAGCAGCAGGAGAUACCUCGAGACGACCCAUUUGAUUGUUUCCAGGCGAGGUAUUCAGCCCCACGGGGAAUGGUAUGGGCAUGUUCCAAUGGCAAGUUGUAUUCACAGCUAAAUAUGUAUGAAAUGGCUGGACUGCAGUGCUCUGUUGGCUUCCCCUCCAUGUGUCCCUCCAGAAUAUUUAAUUUUACAUCUCGACGAAAUAGGGUGCAUAGAGAUCUCAGUAGCCCGGCAGAUGCAAGGGAGGGAAUUGCGGGAAUACAAAUACCUGAUUAUUAUACCUUUGGACAAAUGUUUGCAUUAAAAAUGGAGGCAAUCUUUGCGCCAAGUGUGGCCGUUGAAAAACAUCAAUAUGUUUUAAAGAAUUUAACUUGGCAGGUAAAUGUUUUGAGUAAUUGGACACAAUAUGCUUUGGGGGAGAUAAAUCUACAAGUUCAACAAAUGUCAAAGAUGACUCUGCAAAACCGAUUAGCUUUAGAUAUGUUAUUGUUGAAAAAGCAUGGGGUAUGUGGAAUGUUAAAUUUAACAGAAGGAGAAUGCUGUAUUACCAUCCACAAUGCCUCCACCUCUAUAGAAGAAGCACGUGCAAAGAUGAAGGAAGUCGCCAGUAAGACUGGAAAAUUGUUCCAAGCAAUCCAACCGGCAGACUGGUUUGGUGGACUUGGCUCGGGAUCAUGGAUUACCUCUCUGCUGAAAUCUUUCGGACUCACAGGGCGGGGAAAAUGACUUGUAAAUAUCAGCCUUAUGAUAUUGUGUGGAUUUUUAGCGUUGGUAGUAGGGCUUAUGGUGAUCAGAUAUAUGAUCUCUCACCUACUAUCCUCUUUUCCUUCUGUUGCCUAUGUAUGGAUCAGAACAGUUGAAAAGGAUCUCAGAGUGUUUGAGCCAUGGGGCAGUGUAGGAGACCAACUGGAAGAACAAACAAUCUAAUGCCAAGGAAAGCUCAGAAGGGUGCGGACAACAGCAGGAGACAAAACUCGAUAAGGGAACAAUGAGUGGAAGUCCCCUGAGCCUGUCCGAGGGAUGUCUCAAACACUCGCAAGAUCAAACGAAACUUUAACAAAAGACUGAUAAAAGGGAAAAGCCUGCCAAAGGUUGGCAGAAAAGAAGCAGCAGAUAUCUGCAGUAACAGGGGGAGAAGUAAAUGCAGCAGGGGGAGAUUGCAACUACUGACUCAAUUCAAGACCAAAAAGACUUGCCCUCCCCACGGCCGUAAGGAGCAUGCAUGCUAAUUUACAUAGCAAGCAAGACUAAUUUAAAUAAGAGGUGGUCCACACUGAAGGAUAAGAAAAGAGGAAGGCAAGUGCCCAAAAAUAGGAGAAGAAGAAGAAAAAAACCUUCUGGACAAGCACUGCUACGGACCAGAGACCCCCCUGUUGGCUGGAUCAACACUGGAACCUGGACCAGUGAUCUCUCUCUCUUCUUCUCUUUCUUUUAUUAUUUUACCUUUUUCUAGUAAGUAACACAAGGCAUAAAACCCUACACAUGUGGCAAGUGAUAAGCAUUUUGGGUACCCAAUUAUUUACCAAUGAGCCUAGCUAUGGAAUAAAAGUCUUUGUUUACCUAUGGA